AUGGCAGUAUUAUUAAAGGAUACCCCUGAUGGCAUGGGACACGCUGAAGCUGUCGACGAAGGCAAGGACUUGGAUGAAGUGGCUGUGGGUAAUAGCUCAAGGGAGGAUACGGCGGCGGAGCUGGGUAUCCAGAGGUUAAUGGUGCAGGACUUGGCUGUGGUACUGGAAGUCCAGAUUUCGGCGGCUGAAGUCCAGAAAAGACCGGGAGAGCAGGGUUGGGCUGGGCUAGCCCGAGUUUAUGGGAGAAGGACUUGGUGGUGGAGGAGCUGGAGGAGGUUCCGAAGGCACUGGCAAUGGAUUGGAGUGUAUCGGCGAUGGAGUGGGUUUUGGCGGCGGGGGAGGAGGCGGUGGAGGAGGUAG